AUGGCGUCUGAAGGAGCUUGGGCCAAGAGGACAAAUCUGGUCCCAUUCAGGGUCCACUGGAGCCACAUGGACUCUGCUGAGUUCAUCACAGCUCAUGACCAGGAGGCUCACGAGCCUCUGAGGAGGAACACCAGCAGUGAUGAUGACUUGGCCCUGGGUGUAGAAGCGUCUUUAUAUGGUAGCCAGAGAGUGAGGACGGUCCAGGAGUUUCUGCGGUGGAGCAGGUCAAGUCCAGCUCUCAGCAGGUGGAGCAGCUUCAGCUCAGCAACUUCAGGCCACUCUAGACCACACAGUGUGAUGGACAUACUCAACCUGUGGAAUGAUGACCCGGAGGAGGUUCUCUUGGACCUGGGCUUUGGCUGUGACGAACCAGACCUCUCUGGACGCAUACCGGCUCGAUUCAUCAAUCAUCAGUCUCAGGCGAGAGGAAUAAACCUCCAAGUGUUUCUAGAAGCUCAGAAGAACCGGCUGGACCUGGAGAACCCAGAUGUCAGCAAUCGUUUUAGACAGCUCGAGGUUAUCCAGCAAGUAACAACAGCAUUCUCCUCCUUGAUGAGGUCGUCGUCGUCCUCACCUCUCAGAGCACCGCUGGGGAAAACCCUGUCUCCUGAGGCUCGGGAGAGGAGGAAGCGCAUGGGCAUCAUGUUCAGAAGAGCAUCAAAGAAGUCACUCAGCCAAAUCCACAAUCGUAAAACCCAGGACCUAACCAAACCUGAUGCCAAAUCUUCUCCGUGUGUUUCAGCUGAGUCUCUGCAACCUCCAGUCAGCCUUGGAGACAAAAACAUCUUCUCAAAGAGACUCGAACCUGGUCUUCUGGAGACUGUGUGUCUGAGUCCUCUGACAGAAGAGAAAAGCGCUGGUCCAGACACUCAGCCCCAGCCUAACGUGGCCCCUUUGAAAGCCCAGGAGGGAGCACUCAGACACCUGCCCCUGACAGCCAACACUUUUCUACUGAGGAAGAAGAGUCCACGGCAGCUCAGGGAAUCAUUUGAAAUUGAAGAGGCAACGCAGGGUUUUAUACGGAGCAACAGCUGCCAGUCAGACAGCAGUGGUUUUUUAGAGGAGCCCUUCAUCCCCCCUCUUUCUCAGCAGGCCUCACCAGGAGCUGAUCUCAUCAAGGCUCUGUCAGGCCUGGCAGGAGGGAGCACUGACAGCCAGAGCAGUGAGAGGCCAGCCUCCCCCUCUCCUACGUCCCCCUGUACCCCUCCAUCUCCCCUGCCCUCCUCAUCUCUGACCUCUUCUGCUGUUAACAAAUCUCUCCUACCAUCACCCAGUCCUUCUCCAAAUCUUUCAUUAGUCUUUAACACUUCCCUGUCUCCUGUCUCCUUGUGUGUCCCGAAAUCUGACCGGAAAAAUUCAGAGACGGAGACUGCUUCACUGUCUGCAUUGGUGAGCGAGUCAACUGAGUUACAGAACAUAACUUACUCUCAAGAUCUCAAUCUCCCAUUUUCUUUAGUCUCUACCGCUCCCUCCCCUAAAUCUUUCCCUUUGGAACCAGAGGAGCUUAAAACUGAGGACACAGAUGCCCCAUCCCCCCACCUCUCUGCUCUAAUCCACGACUGUGAAGGCACAGCAUGCUCUAUCUGUUCAAGUGUCCCUCCUCCUGCCUCAUCUCCUUUUCCCUCUCCAAAUUUGGAUCAUCUGUUUCCUCUGUCGAUUGCUAAGUCUUCUACACAGUCUGACUCCUCUUCUGGGAGUCCAGGCCACUCUCAGUCAGAGCGGACUGAAGUGGCUUUGCAUGGAAACUCCCUCUCUGGUUCUUGUGGUUUAUCAUCUCUGUUUGCCUCUUCCCCAUCUGCCCCUCCUGAUUUUCAUUGUCCAGCCUCUCCCCGCAUAAAAGAGUCCCUCUCACAGAGUCCGGAAAUCAAUCAUAAAGAUUCAUUUUUCCGAGAUUCAGAUGGGAAAGGCAUCUCUAAUCCAUAUAUCAGUCCACUAAAGGAUGAGGAAGAAACACCCUCCUCUCUCUCCUUUCAGUUGGACAAGAACAAUGCCUCAGCUCCAUCCUCUCUCAUUCUGGGCUCCAAUGAUUUUGAGGAGCGUUGUCCCACACUGUCAAGCCUUCCUCCUAACCCUUCUUUUCCAGUUUGUCGGUCUGCCUUGCCAUCACGAUCCCAUGAUUCCGAGGGUCUGGUAGAUCCAGCUGUUGGAGGAAUUUCUGAUCUGUCAGAGCAGUCCAUCUGCCAACAUGAUGAUACUACAAACACUGCUCCAACCUCUCCUGUCCAAGAUAUUAUGCAUGUUAAGAUGAAUCACCUCUCCUUGGAAUUUGAGGAUACCAAUCAGAGGAAUGGAAAGGGAGCAGUAGAGGGUGAGAGACAUACCGACACUGUGCAGACUCAAGAGACUGCUGUUUACAUCUCAGAUACAGAGAGUUCUGCAGGCCCGUCAGUAGGUUGUAGAUUAGUCACCAAGGAAGUAUGUAAUCAAACAGAAAUAGAUCCGCAUCUCCUGUUCUGUAGUCUGCACGACAAGCUUUCAACUGUAACCCAACCGGAACAGUGUCAAAGGGAAGUUAAUGGCUCAGAAUAUGAAUCACUCAGAAGUUCUUUAAUUUUACAUGAUGAUGAGCCAGAGGCACACAGUAGAGCUGAAGUGAAACCGAAGGAUCUAAUCAAGAUUGAGAGCUUAGAUCGGGUAUUCCAAACAUCAGUGGAUGGCUCGGAAGGUGAAACUGGAGAUGUUGAUGCAUUUUUCAGCAGCUUGAUACUGAAGGCCGAGUCUAUUGGGCAGAACCCAUCCAGGUUUCCAAUCCAAGCCCUGUGCUUGAAGAGUCAGUCAGUGUUGAAACCUCAGACGGAUUUCCUGGGAAUUCUCAGUUGCCCAGAUGCCCAGCUGUUCUAG